CAUUUGUUUAUCGCCGCCAGUGACGCUGCUGUAAAUGCGCAGACUCGAUGACGUUGCAUUCCUAGACGGGGAGCAACAGCGGCGGUAGACAUGUGAAGAACAAGCCUCAGCGCGGCCAUUCUUCUGUUUCAAGGUUUUAGAGAUUGACGGAGAAUCUUCAAGCAUGAGGACCGAAUGCUGCUCCCUCUGCCCUCUGAUCGCAUCUUCCAAGGACGGCUGCGAGAUUUUGAACUGAACGUGCAAAGAAACGGCAUCCCCUCUAUUGAAGAAGAGAAAGAGAGCUGUGAGGGUUGAGCCACGAUGACUUGGGAAGGUGUGGUUACACUUCGCAAGAAGAAGAAAGGCGACUAACCCGAACGAUAAGGAGAGGCCAGCGCGGAGCCGCUAUGAAGCAGGAGUCCUGCGAUGGCGAUGUCCUGCUGAGGCCUAGAUCGUGUUCUUCGUCAUCCACACCAGAGAGUGACCUGUGUCGAGACGACACCGAUGAUAAUGGCUACUAUGACUUUCCCAUGGACUUGCGUAAGAAGUCGCCCAAGAGCCCUGACUACCAUUCUGGUGAGGAUGAAUGUGAAGAAGGGGAGACGAUGACUGUGGCCAGGCGACGCCCCAUUCACCCGGUGGCGCUUAACCACGCCUGGCAGAAGAUACUUCUAAAUGCUCUGCCGCCACCGGCCGUCGCUGCGGCAUUCCAACAUGGUGCCAAAAGGCAUUCGGAACUCAGCGCCCGACUCAUGGAUGUCGGUGAACAGAAGUUAAUGCCAUCUAUUAUGACACGCGUGAGCGAUGACCCGUGCGCAGUAGAGAGACCGUGUCAGGAUGACAAGGAAAAUCGCUGCGCUUGCGCUUGCCGCGGACGAAAAGACGGAAGCCCCGGAAAUGAUCUACUCGACUUGCGGAAAGAACCAGCCAAACCCGAGGCACAAGGGCGAGGUCCUCUCAUGAGCGGCCCGUACCGCACAGACAAGGACUCCAACCCAACGCUCAUCCGAUUCCUCGAGUCGCGCGCUCUCUCUCCUCAGCAGCAAAGGCACGAGAACGACACUCCCGAGGAUUUAUCGUCGCACAAGUCGUCUCUUCCUGAAACACACAACCAUGAGAAGCACAACAACCACCAAGACCAGGCAGUCAAGAGGGCAGCAAGCUGUCCAAAGCUCUUCGAGAUCACCAGUGAAAGCCUCGUCGAACGACUGAUGCGGGCGCGCUGCAAGUCCGACAGCGAAAUACAGAACCGCCUCAACAGCGGGGCUAUGAGGCCUGCCAGCAACGAGGAAUUUUCGAUGUCCUCGCCACCACCCAGGGAUCAGCGCUCACCGUCUCUGACGCUCAAGAGAAGGAUACUAGGUGGAAUAUCAACACCCGACCGAGGUACCGGCAAGGACGAAGACGAGGCUGACUACAAGCAACCGCGAGUUCGCAUCGAAACCAUCUCCAAACCAGGCUCACGACCAUGCUCCCCAGUCUGCGACCCGAGGGCGCCACAAGAGACUCUCUUGCAGCAGCUGCGGCAUCUGGCGCCCGCAGCGCUUCCCCUGAGCAUUUACGCUUACUACACGCAGAUUAUGCAACGGCUACACGAGCACGAGCUUCUCAAGCGGCACCUCGAAGGCAUAGCCGCGUCCGGUGUCAUGCCGAAUCCACUUCUCGUGCCGGUGACCAUGGCCUCCUCCGUAACACCCGGUCUGGAACCACUCGAAGAGCAGGACGAAAUAGGACCGGCAGCCGCGAACCACCUCGACUCGUACAACUGCGGGAUGCGCAAGAGAGCCCCGCGCGCGCUGACAGGCAAGCACGUGAAACACGGCACCGGCGCCAGUCCAUCGACACUACUAACGCUGAGGCAGAAGAUCCAGGAGCGUCAACGAGCACGUCAGUUAGGCCUGCUCGAGCCCGCAGUACGCACACUCAAGGGAACCAGGAAAAAUUUCGGCAAAGGUUCCUCGAACGGGAAAAAACAGGCAGUGAAAAAGUGAGCGCGAAUCAGCGUUACAACGGGAUGGCGCCAACGUAGCAGCUGGCAAAGUGGACUGCGUAAACAGGCAACACUAAACAAGACACACCUUUUGACGAACGUUAGGCACAAAUUCUAUCGAGAUCGUCGGAAACGCCACUGAAUGACUAAGGCGAACAAAAUGCUACUUUUUUCGUGUACUUUAUGAAAUAUUUCAUUCACUCUCUUACUUGACCCAGGCGGCCCCGCAGAGCGCUAUGACACUUGACCACCGACAUCGAGACAGGGACAAAAGUUGUCGCUUAAUGAUUGACUGAAUGCGACAUUUCAGUGUUCAGCUUUUGCCACCGCAGUGCUCAAACACAGUAAAAUUGUACUAGAUGGCCCUCUCACCAACCGAGGUUUCGCGCUCCUGCAACUUAAUUUCAUUGGACGCUGUACACUCUUGAACACAAGUGGCUGAUUCAAUGUCUCCCACAGCCAAAGAUACGGUGACAAUUUUGAUAAGCUUGCAUAUAACAUCUAUACGAAUGGAUAAACCACUGUGCUUUCUCUAUUUCAAGUGCGCUAUUGCUGUGUUCGCAUCAGAAGAAUACUGUAGAUGCAUAUUUGGAAAGAACAUUCUACGUAAUAGGACCCGCUUCGAAUAGAUCGUUCAACUGGACUGCAGAUCUAUGCAGACCGCAGAUUGGUGCUUUGUGUCUCUUCCACAGUUACCGACCUCUGCUCAAUCUUCGUAUGUCCUAAAGUAAAGGCUCGAUUACAUUUUCAAUCAUUUAAUGAAGCGUGUAUUGUAAACAUAGGCGAAUUGAAAGAAAUCAUCUGCCGCCAAAAAUAGUUAACUGCGAAGCAAUCACAGCCCGCACAAGUGCCUUCCAGCCUGUGAGCCGCUUACUGGAACAUCAUUGUGUUACACUGCGUGUAGUGAGUGUAUCAAGGCCUCGCUGACACGGCAGAAUGGAUUUAGCAUGGUACUUUCUCUUCUCAAGAACGUGACAAAAACAUACUUAUAUAAGCACAUGCAGCACAUAUUAGCAAGCUUAGUUUAUAAAUGGUAUGCUAUCUACAUUGCGUACCCCCCUCCCUCGUGUAGGAAUCUCCUGUUACAAAAAUAACUCCACAUUCCACAGCUGAGGCAAAAACUGCGUCCAAGUUCAACUAGGUCUUUAUGUAUCGGAUAAGGUACAAACGCCAUCUGAGUGCUCAGAGAGUGUGCUGACAUGCGCACGUCUACCUAUUCUGUUUCAGUCCGGUUUUGUUUCCGUAAUUGCUGUUGAAGAACAUUUAUGCAUGUAGACUGCACAUUGUGUUGGCCCUUCUAUGUUACACUACUACAACAUUCCACUCGAGUGUUCCUCUAUGUUUAUUCUCUUGCAUCAUUACUCGUAUACAGCAGCGUGUUUCUCCUUAGAAUUGUCAUGUACACUGAUCGCUUGACAUCCAGUUUUCAUGCGCUAACUUCGGGACUGUUAUUAGAACAUAACCUGUUGAGAAGUUUUUAAUUCAUGAGCCCUUUAGUGACAUGGUGGCUGGUACUUCUUAAAGGCAGACAAGACCAUUUUUUUAAACGAAAUUUUUGAAGAUAUCAUAAUAAAAUGUUCGUGUUGGGAUGUUUCAAUGUCUAGGAAGUCGCAGUUGGCUAAUGAAAAUUCGGUGUCAAGUGUAAUCUAAACAGUACACACAAUGCUAUGUCACCAAUAUUGCACUGAUGACUAUUAGCCUACUUCCGUCCCUAUCAUCAUUCUGCUGCUCCCAGAAAAGGCAAAAGUGGCAUCGGGCACAGUGUGGUUAUUCUGGAAAUAUUUUGUCAUUUAUUUAACCAGGUUUAGGACCAUAUGAGCAGCUGGGUUGCCUAGGAGAUGGAAUUUAUGGUUUGGGUAUAUAUUCAGUUGAUUUCUUUCUGUUUAAUUACGUUGUUUAAAACACCAAUAAUUCAAAAUUUUACUAAGUAGUGCUUUCGGCUGCUUACCGUAUAUUUAAAGGCUAGCUUUUGUAUUCUGUACACAAAACCUGCAUGGAAUUAUUAACGUGAGAUCAUUAUUCAAUGCUAAUUAAUGGUCGCAUAAUUUUUGCUGCAAGUUGAUACAAUAAAAAUUAGCAUGAAUAAACCUCACUCACCCGCGUAUUCGCGAAAGAUGCAGCGUCUCUUCUGCAGAACGCGCAUUUUUUUAAUUCUGUCAAGAUUAUUUCUCCGGUAUCUCGUCAUACUUUUGUAUAGGUUGCUUGAUGAUUGCUUUCAAAUUUUAAAGCAGCUUGCGCGGAUUCCAAGAUAAGGGAGACUCGAUUUUAAAAGCCCGGUUAAUGAGCAUGAUAACAGUACCGCUAUUCUGUGACUAAUAAUCAAUCUAUCACUGUGACCUGGCUGAUAAACUAAAAUUUCAUGUUAAGAAACUUAUUAUAAAAUCCCUUAAAGCGCACUUGUACUCAUGAGCUCGGUUUAAUUGUCUACGAACCAUCUACGGAAGCAAAAAUUAUCGGAUAAGCAUGCUUAUUAAUUAGUCUGAAUUUGUAAUAACGCAACCUAAAUGUAUUUGCUACUUUAUUUCAAGCAAUAAGCAACAUCACAAGAUUGAGGCUACAAGCGCACUUUCUUUUUCUGUGAAUACUUGCUUACGACCCACCGCCCUUAAAAAUAAAGACAUUGCUAUGCCCUCUAUUGAGCAAUGCGAAAUUCUGUUGCCUUUCUUUGAGGUAUAUCUAUGCAAAUUCAUCUGAUAAUACUUUAUGAUGUGGUCGUUUUAUGCGGAAAACAGGCCUAGUGCAACUUGUGCAACCAUUCGACAUCGUUAAAUCACGAGACCGAUAUUCAUUCAGCUACGAAUUCCUUAGCACCUGCUUUCGUGAUCGCAGAAAACAUUUUUCUUCAAUGACGCUACUUAAAAUGAUUAUUCCUGAAAAACUUUCUGCAAAUUUCAAGACAUUUCCUUGAUUUUUUGUAUCUGGUGGGGAUGGAAGCCAUUAUGCUAUUGUGUUCUUUCUGUCUACAGCUGCCGGCAGUGAAACGUCAAUUGUGAAAGAAAAAUAUUUUUCUACACGUGUUUCUGUAAAUCUUUGUGUGCGUCCUACAUUGUCUGUAUUUAUAUUGUAUCUUCUGUAUUAAAAUGAGUAUUUUAUCAAUA